AUAUCAUUUGCACAACUGAACCUUCUUUCAAGCCCGACAGGAGUGCAUAUCGCACCUCGGUAGCUAUGGCAUUGGCUAUGAGCAGUUACAGCACUUAAUCGUGGGCUUUAUCCAGAGCGUCUUCAGCUCCUAACUCUGGCUCGAGAGACAUGUCUUUCUUUUAAUCUGCAUCGAGGUUUUUGGUGAAACAUCUACCUGAAAGUUGAAACUUAUCCUCUACACUCAGCUGAGAAUACCUAAUUACCUGGAUAGCUUUCGCAAAGAUGCGACCAAUCAAUCGCAUUAGCUAGGUAGAUUACCAGCUAUCUAACAUUCACGUCUUGUCGCCAAGCAUUCAUCAUUAAGGCUCCGUUAUUAGCUAUCUACUCAUAGUCGACUUCAACAUCCGCAGUUGCUUCCAUCACGCAAUAAUAACACCAUGUUAUGGAAUCCGGCAUUCACAUAAAGCACUCAAUGCCGUUCUUCACUGCCUGUUAUUCCCGAUUCCGUCUUAGCCAUUGGUGCGGAGAAAUGGGCCAUAGCUUGGGCACGUUAACUGGUGGAGAUAGGUAUAAAAGGCUUCAGAUCCGACCGAUAAUAUCGCACGGUGAAUGAGCAUCCUGUAAUGCUUAAAACUCGAAUAAACAUUCAUCCAUAAUGGCCAGUCCAAUCAAGAACGUCGCGGUCGUUGGAGGAUCAGGCAACCUUGGCCGAGCGGUUGUUAGCGAGCUCGUGGCUGCUGGGUUCAAUGUGACGGCAUUGACUCGUGAGGGGUCAUCAGCGACAUUCCCUGCGGGAGUGUCCUCAAAGCCGGUCGAUUAUUCGUCUGUCGAGUCCUUGACAGCGGCUCUUGAAGGCCAGGAGGCCCUUGUUUCUACCAUUGCCACGGUAGCGGUAGCGGGGCAGCAGCCCCUCGUCGACGCGGCCGUGGCCGCGGGCGUGAAGCGCAUCAUCCCCUCAGAAUUCGGGAUCAAUACGAGAUUCCUAGGCCAAGAGCCGAUCGGGAAGAUUCUACAAGGCAAGGUCAACACGUUGAAUUACAUUCAUGAAAAAUGGAAGCAGAACCCGUCAUUCACCUGGACCGGAAUUUCGACGGGACUUUUCUUUGACUGGGGACUUCCUUACGGGUCAAUUGGGCUAGACAAGGCUACAAAGACAGCUACCAUUCAUGACUCCGGAAACGAGCCGUAUCAAGCUACCAACCUGCCUCUCAUCGGCAAGGCCGUCGCCGCCGUGUUCAAGCAUCCCGAGCCGACGACAAACCGGUACAUCUCCAUUGCUUCGUUCAACCCGACGCAAAACGAAAUCUUGGCGCUCGUCGAGAAGAUCACAGGGGAGAAGUGGACUGUCAACAAAGUCUCGACGGCUGAGCAACAGAAGAUCGGUCUCGAAAAACUUGGCAAGGGCGACUACAGCGCGUUUUCACACUUUCUGCGAAAGCGCAUUCAUCAGGACGGCGCCGGACUCGCUGUCCAGGGACCAGAUAAUGCAAUUGAGUUAUUGGGGCUUCAGGAGGAAGAUCUUGGAGGAACCAUCCGGGCAUGGCUCGAGGGAUAAUUUGAGUCUCGCCGAGAUCACUCGCCCUGAAUUUGGAAACUGCAACUUUGUAAUGAUAGCGGCGCUUACAAAUAUGCUCCAUCUUGAUGGUUUACUUAUCAAUUCUACAACAGUGAUUGUGUCAUGAAGAGAGAGAGGUGUUACGAAUGUUUGAUUCAGCCAGUGAAAAAAAGUCAGAGCGCCAGGUUGUCAGUUCGAUAUUCCUACUUGGGUAGAUUUCUACAAAAGUCCCUUGUAUGGAAGUCCACGGUCAAGAACGAUCUCUGACAUCAAGCCAUCACAAUAGACUAGGACUUAAAGCCCAGUGAUAUCAGCAUGAUUAUCCUACAUGAUUAGCUCACAAAAUCGGACACAAAUCUAUGCCCAAUUUCAGACAGGUCAGGGGAUACAGGA